AUGGACCUGGAGGAGACAUACAAGGAGGAAGAGAGUAUGGAGGGGACAGUUACUCGAGCUGCAGCUGCAAAGUUGGUGAAAAAGGCUUUUCUUGAAGCUGUGAAGUGCAAUGACUUUGAAACACUGGAAGAGCUCUUGAGCCAAAAGAAAAUAGACGUGGACACGGUGUUUGAAGUGGAAGAUGAAAACCUGAUUCUGGCAUCCUACAAACAAGGGUACUGGCUGCCUAGCUACAAACUGAAAAUAUCCUGGGCAACUGGACUUCAUCUAGCUGUCAUGUAUGGACAUCUGGAGAGUCUUUUGGUCCUCCUCAACCACAAAGCUACAAUCAACUGCCGGCCCAAUGGAAAAGCUGCAAUCCACAUUGCAUGUGAAAUGGCAAAUGUCGAGUGUCUCGAGAUCCUCUGCAACCAUGGAGCUAAGCUGAACUGCUUUUCAAUGAGCGGGCUGGCACCCUUGCACUUCUGUACAACACGAACAUCCAUGCCCUGUGCCCAGCAGCUCAUUUUGAGAG